AUGGCAGAAAGCAGUGCUAGAGACCCCAAGCAAGGAGUGGACUAUGACGACACUAUUACGGAUGCUUCCUCAGACGUGGACCUGUUGGCGACUAUUCCAAAGGGUUCUGUCGACCCGAUAUAUGAGGCAAAGGCCCGGUUGUUGAAUAAAGCCAUCCUCGACAUUGGCAUGGGCUGGUACCAAUGGCAGCUGUUCAUUGUCAUCGGCUUUGGAUGGGCCAGUGACAAUAUGUGGCCGGUCAUCACCUCGCUCAUCUUCACUCCCGUGAAGAACGAAUUCAUGCCGUCGAGAGCACCAUAUCUCACACUUGCGCAAAACCUGGGGCUACUGGUGGGAGCUGUCUUCUGGGGGUUUGGAUGUGACAUGUAUGGAAGAAAAUGGGCUUUCAAUCUGACAAUCGGCAUCACGGCUGUGUUUGGGCUGGUAGCUGCUGGUUCACCAUCCUUUGCCGCCAUUGGCGUCUUUGCGGCGUUAUGGUCUAUCGGAGUAGGCGGUAACCUGCCCGUUGACUCUGCAAUCUUCCUCGAGUUCCUACCUUCAACACAUCAAUACCUGCUUACGAUCCUCUCGGUUGAUUGGGCCCUGGCGCAAGUACUGGUGAACCUCGUCGCCUGGCCACUGCUUGGGAACUUCUCAUGCCAGGAAAAGUCUGACUGCACUCGGUCCGCAAACAUGGGCUGGAGAUACUUUUUGCUUGCAAUGGGAGGAGUCUCACUUGCCAUGUUUCUCCUGCGAUUUGCAUGUUUUACAAUCUUUGAGUCUCCCAAAUAUUUGAUGGGCAAAGGACGGGAUGCGGAGGCGGUCCGGGUGGUACAUGAGGUUGCCAGGCGAAACGGCAAAGUGUCUACUCUCACCAUCGAAGACCUUGCACGUAUAGGGCCCCCUAUCAGGAGUAACGCAGUUGAUGCCGUGCAGCGAAAUCUCCAAAAGUUCGAUUUCAAACAUGUGAGAUCGCUGUUUGCGACACCGCUCCUGGCACUUUCGACGUCACUCAUAGUCGCUGUCUGGGCAUUCAUUGGUCUUGGAUUCCCUCUGUACAACGCAUUUCUGCCAUUCAUCCAAGCCUCCCGAGGAGCCGACUUUGGGGACAGCUCUACGUAUAUCACCUAUCGGAACUCGCUCAUUAUUGCCGUACUGGGGAUACCCGGUUCACUCGUUGGGGGCGUUCUUGUCGAGGUACCCGGGUUCGGCCGCAAGGGGGCCCUAUCUCUUGCCACUACGAUGACAGGCGUAUUCCUCUUCCUUUCCACCACAGCUAGGACCUCUGACGCACUGCUGGGAUGGAACUGCGCCUACAACUUCAUGAGCAACAUCAUGUAUGCCGUUCUUUACGCCUAUACGCCUGAAAUCUUUCCAACCAAGGAUCGAGGGACGGGCAACGCUCUGACGGCUGCGGCGAAUCGGAUUUUUGGCGUUAUGGCGCCCAUUAUUGCUAUGUUUGCUAAUCUUCAGACAGCUGCACCGGUGUAUGCUAGUGGUGCUCUGUUCAUAGUCGCGGGGAUAUUGGUAGUAUUCCAGCCCUUUGAGUCUAGAGGGAAAGCUAGCUUGUGA